CCCAGUAACGAAAAGAAGCUGAUAGGCCACGGCCAAUCCUCGAUCUUGCAUGGAGGAACAGGAUUUAGAAAACUCGCAGGGAGCCAGGCUGGAGCCUGAACGAGACGCCGAGGAGUCAGGGCCUAGCACCGGAGCUCUCCAUAGCGAGGAAACUAGUGUUGGUAGCGCAGCUGAGGCAGGCCGAGAGAAUGCAGAGGAGGAGGUCUGGUGCCGUCUGCGCGGCGAGGUGGCCCGGCUGCUACAGGAAGUGGGAUACACAGGACCCCUAUUAAACGAAGACAACUUGGCACGUUCCACCUCCUCUGGAGCCAGCUGCCAGCAGUUUACGUCUCUCUGUGCGUGGCUGGUGUCUGAACUUAAAGCGGUAGCAUCAUUGGAAGAGAACAUAAGUCCUACAGAAGGGCCAGAAGAUGCAGAAACGUUCCAACUAGAGAUGAGUGGUGUAGUCAAUGAACUGCAUUGUCCUUACACUUCUCUGACCACAGGAGACGUGACCCGCAGACUGACCAGUCCUCAGAACUGCCUACAGCUCCUCGUAUUCCUGAGUACAGAGUUGCAGGCCGCCCAGAUCCUGAAACGUAAAGAGGUUUCUAAACGCCAGGCCAGGGAGAACAAAGCAGACGUUCUACAGGAACUGCAUCUACUGUGUAAAGUUACAGGCCUGCCUGAACCAUCACUUGACGCACCAGUGGCAGAAUUUAUGAAGGAGCUCGAUACCAGGAUAUCCGAUAUUGUAGCUGCCGCUUCAGAAACUGCAAAGUCUCCCCCUCUCUUAACUGCUCCUUUAGAGCCGGAACAGUGGGAGACGUUGAAAAAGUUGCACGACUGCAUGGUCAUAGAAUAUGAGCGUCGUAUGAGAAUGCUGGUGACACGGCUUGAUGUCACCGUGAAGUCUUUCCAUUGGUCAGAGAGAGCCAAGGAACAAGGAACCGCCAUGGACAGUGUUUUCUGGCCACUACGCCAGGCGCUACCUACAGAGUCUCGUAUCUGUCUUUCUAACAUUCUUGCUGCAAGACAAGGUGACUCUCGAAUCCUACACACUUGCAGCGCUUCUUUCUGCCAAAACACUCGCUCUGCCGUCAACAAGGUCAUGAUGAUGGGCACUGUGCCAGAUCGAGGUGGCCGUCCCAAUGAAAUUGAGCCGCCUAUGCCAACGUGGGAGAAAAGACGGGAAGGGGGUGGCGGGGGGCAUCAGCGCUGGGAAAAGAAAAAUAAGAAAAGAAAACGCUGACGAGAAUACGUAAUAAAGCAGCAUUAAAUACUCUUAAAUCCUGCAGAUAAUUUGAGCUUGGUACAUUUAUCAAAUUUUUCUUUGUUUAUGUAAAAAACAAUUUCCUUGUAAUUUUUGCUUCAAUGGUGUCAGUCAAUUUUGAUUUUAGCACAUUGUUAUUUGAAGAAUUACAAUUAUAUAUAUAUAUUAUAUAUAUAUACGUUUUUUUUGUAAAUAAUUGUGUUUGACUAAGGCUUGCUGUUUUCUUUUUUUAGUCUAAAUGAAAAAGGUGCAUAGAAACCACAUCACCACCUAUUUUGGUAUUUCAAAAUGCAUCCUGUUAUAUGGAAGUAUUCAGGGCCCCAAAAUCGAUCAACGUCUUAAAGGGACAUAAAACCCCAAAUUUUUCUUUCAUGAUUCAGAUAGAACAUACAAUUUAAAACAACUUUCCAUUGUGCUUCUAAUAUCAUUUUCUUUGUUUUCUUGCUAUCCUUUGUUGAAAGCUCAGGAGUGUGCACGUGUUUGCAGCACUAUAUGGGAACAGUUUUGCAGCAAUGUUAUACAUUAGCAAGAGCACUAGAGGGCAGCACUAUUUCCUGUCAUGUAGUGCUGCAGACAUGUGUACGCUACCUAUCUAGAUAUCUCUUCAACAAAGAAUAACAUAAAAACAAAGCAAAUUUGACAAUAGAAGUAGAUUGGGAACUUUUUAGAAAUUGUAUUCUAUAUCUGAGUCGUGAAAGAAAAAUGUUGUGUUUCAUGUCCCUUUAAUUCUGUGCUAAUAAAUGAAUAGCACUAUGUAAGAAUACUUAAAGUAAAUGUAAAUUUUCAUGAAUUAGUGCCUGUUUUUUAAAAUUACUAUUAAAAACAGGGUCACUUUCAUCCAUCAGCGUAGUUUUACAAAUACUUACCUUUCUCUUGAGCAAAGCCGGAUCGCCUAUCCCCCCCCCCCGCCUGCUUCUCCUUCUGUACUUACACGGCAGUGACGAAACCGGCUUCCUCCAAUCACGGCGUGGCCUCACGAGAUGGACACUCUGGGGGGAAGCCAUGAUUGGAGGAAGCCGGUUUCGUCAUUAGUGACGUAGGUAGAGAGGAACUGCGGGCGGGGUAUCGGCGAUCCGGCUUUGCUCAAGAGAAAGGUAAGUAUUUUAAAAAAUAUGCUACAAUGUAAACUUUCAUAAAUGAAUGUGCCCCUGAUCUUAAUAGUAUUUUUAAAAACCAGGCACUAAUUCAUGAAAAUUUACAUUCACUUUAAUUAAUAAUGUCUUUAAAAUAGAGUAGAUUAAAUUAAAACAGAAAAUAUUAGUCACUUAUAGUAUAAUAUAAAACAAAGUAUUUUAUUUAACUUAGGCAAAAUUAUUUAAAAUAUUAAUUUCUUAUUUAAGAGUUUAAUAUAUGUUGCUAAAAUUUGAAAGUUAAAAUUUUCCCCAAUGUUUCAGAUAUUUACUUUGUAAUUGCAAUGUAUUUAUAUAGUUUCUGCUUAAUCCAGCAGAGGGCACUUCUUCAUCUUCAAAACAAUUUACAGUAAAUUAUAAUUUUUUGGGGUAUUAUAUGGUCACAAAAUAUAAAUAAUGCUAUAUAUAUUUUCAAAAUGCUAUUUUGUUUUACAAUUUAAUAGCAAAAGGUAAUAAUUAAAAUAAUAAAAAAAAAUUGUUAUUUUUGAUUUGUGAAUUAUUUUUUGAAAAAUAUAUGAGAAAUAAUUUUUAAAGAUUAUUUUUGUAUUUUGUUCCCUUCCAAAUAAACACAAAUUUGUUUGCUCCUCCUGGGAGAAAGAGAUUCAUUUUGCAAAUAUAUUGUUGGAUAUUUUAAAUUGGAAAUGUCAGCCUAAAAUUUCCCUGAUACCUACAUAUACUGAAUUAUAUUUCUGAUUAUUUCUAUGAUUUUUGCUCUUGAUUUUUUUUUUCUUAGAAAUUAAGAGGUUUACUCAUUAGCUGCCUGGCUGUUUCACAAUAAAGUGUGAAUUACUUUUUUCCAAAAA